AUGUGGUUAAAAAAGCAGACUACAGAAACCUCGGUGGCACUCAAAUACGGCUGGAUGCUUAAAUAUCUUGAAAGCACCCCUAAUCAUUUAGCUGCCUUGGACAACGAGGAACAAUCCGUACCCUGGCAAACGCACCUUGCUCAAAAAGUUACCAACAGAGACAGUCAGAAUGCCAAAUCCCCUCCCCUUGUGAAGCGUGAAUUUUUUGGAAACGAUGUUGAGCAAGGUGUGAUAACCCUUCGAUCGCAGCACUACAACAGGCCGUCGGCGGAACUUAACGACCCUAAUAUCCCGCCCCUGGUCAUCUUACCUGCCGAAUCACUCACGUCACCCUCUGGGUCUGCCAUAAAGGGCCAGGCCGACUUCAACUUUGAAAAUGAGUUACUUGCCAAAUUUCUAGGCGAUGUCAACUUGUCGACUGAAAAACAGACAACGGGAAAUCCGGAAUCUGUCUCAGAUGGGAGCACAUCAAAGAUAUCCACACCGACAACAUUAGGAUCGCAACUCCUACCACCAUCAAUUCGGAAUAAAGGCAGCUCUGAUUCACCCUCAAUCAAAAGUCCCACCCCUGAGAACCAGAGAAGUGUUGCGACUGAUUUGAAAGAGUUUGACGCACAAGGAUCUCGCUCCUUGCCUCAAGAUUCUGGUUCGACAUCGAAGAAUCAGAAUGGUUCGACAUCGAAGAAUCAGAAUGAUUCGACAAAAAUCAUUCCUCAACCAUGGCUGAUCGGGACCUCUUGCGUCUUGUUGGUUGCUGCAAUCAUCCUGUGUAUAGCUCUCAAGAAAAGGCUUUAUCAAGUUUCUUUCAAGCCAUUCAAGAUUCAUAAAGCGCCCAAAUCGGCUGGAAGUGGGAAAUCGGGAAAGUCAGGACAAAAGCCAAAGAUUUCUCAGCCAUCCAGGCCGUAUAGCAGUCCCCAGAUAGCCAACAGUCCUACGGAGGAAAGAUUGAUAAGCCCAUGUAAUCAGAAUCGCGAGACUUUUGGAAGCAUAGUGGCUGAACUCAGUCCAAAUCCCGCUUUAAGUGUCAAAAGAAAUCCUCAGAGCUCUUCCAAUCGUGGUAUUAUUGAUCGGCUGAGAAGACUCUUCAGAUUUCAGGACGCAAAAGGCACAAAAUCAACGAGUUCUUCCACUCAGGCUUCCAUCUCGAGGCCUGAUGCAGAGAAAUUGGAUAACUCACAACCACCCUUGCCAGAGAUAUACCUUUCGCAUCCGGAUCCUGUCCACCAAAAGAGCAACACACCUAGUGACUAUCACAAGUUGAUGGAUGGCACACAACAGGAAAACCACGGCCUAAGUGUCUCGGCAAUGUCACCACUCAAAAGCUCACCAAUAAUCCAGUUUAACGAAAUUCAUCCAGAGACUCAAAAAUCAAACAUUGUGCUCUCAUUCAAUCAGAUCGGCAAACAAGUUCCAAACUUUGCCAAUGCUUGCGUUAUUGCCAAUUUGAUUGAGGAGAAAAAGCUUGGCUUUGACAAAUUCAAGUUUAUCCACAACAAAUGGAUCAGUGCAUUGAGCUAUGAAGCUACAGUAGUUGAUGUUUACAACAUGGAUAACCUCAAAUUGGCUCUUUAG